GCUUGCGCGAGCACCGCGCCCGCUCGCGGGCUAUGCUGGCCCUGGGGGUCACGCAGAUGGUGCUCGGCUGCCUCAUCGUGGCCGUCAGCUUCGCCGCCCUGGCGCUCACCACCUCGGCCCGUGUCCGCCACUCCUGCCCCUUCUGGGCCGGCUUCUCGGUGCUGUUGUCAGGACUGAUUGGUGUUGUUUCAUGGAAGAGGCCCCUUUCACUAGUGAUAACCUUUUUCAUGCUGUUGUCUGCAGUGUGUGUAAUGUUGAACUUGGCUGGUUCCAUUCUCUCUUGUCAGAAUGCUCAGCUGGUAAAGUCCCUGGAAGGAUGUCAGUUGAUUAAAUUUGACAGCGAUGGUGUCUGUGUUUGCUGUGAAAUGCAGCAUCAAACAUCAGGCUGCAGUAACCUGGGAGAAACGCUGAAACUGAACCCUCUGCAGGAGUGUAAUGUUGUGAGGCUGACCCUAAAGGACCUGUUGUUCAGUGUGUGCGCUCUCAAUAUCAUCUCCACCAUUGUCUGUGCAUUGGCAACAGCAAUGUGUUGCAUGCAGAUGGUUUCUUCUGAUCUUCUGCAAAUGUUUCUGCCACAGAGGCCACAUUCUGCCAAUCCUGACUGCAUGACUCCACAUGGAACUAUCCUGCAUCAAACCUUGGAUUUUGAUGAGUUCAUACCACCAAUACCUCCUCCACCCUACUACCCACCAGAAUAUACCUGCACACCAGUGGUAGAGGCACAAAGAGGUCUCCAUUUGGACUUUCCUCAUUCCCCAUUCAGUAAUUUAUAUGAAGUAACCAUUAACAGCCCAGGAAUGCUGUAUCCAACUGAGCUGCCCCCUCCUUAUGAGGCAGUGAUUGGAGAGACACCUGCCAGUCAGGUUGCUGGUACUGAUCAGCAAGUAUCUGGAUCCAGCGUGGGUGAGAGGAACAUGACUCUGGACUCCAGCACACAAGUUUCUGUUGAGAGUGCCUCUUUGAUGGUCUCUGAAGCUUUUGAUAUCCCAGACCACAGCUGCUCCUCUGAAGAUCUUUGUUCACUGGAAGUUCAAGGAUCUCUCCACUCUGCAGAUGUUUCUCCAUACUGUGCUACCCCCAAAGGGGCUACAAACCAGAGCUGCAGCACUCUGGAUUACAGCACCAGCUGCAGGUUCCACAGAACCUGCUCAGGUUUUCCUGAUAAGGAUGACAGUUCCCACAGUCAAACCUCUCAAGGACAAGAAAAGAACUGUGCCCUCCAGAGGUCUUUGGGCUGCUCCUCCGAGAAUUUCAGCUCCUCAGAAAGAGAACUGCAGAAUUCUGCUCAAGACAGCAAUGCCAUGCCACCUUUGAAGCAAAACAAAAUGUGCUGCACAGUCUUUAGCCAGCCCCCGGUUCCUUCCCAGACCUCUCCCUGUUUUGGGCCUGCAAAUACUUCAUCGUUUGCAAGUGGCCACCAGAGUUCUGUCCAGCAGCAUCAUAUUGCAAAACAAGGAAUUUCAAAUAUAGUCCGAUCAACUAGUGACCCUGUGUCGUGUUCGUCUUACACAAAAGGUGAUAAUUGUGCCUGGACUCCUGUAUGUAGCGAGCAUCAAGAUGCAGAAUUCUCUCCAAUUACAUUAGAAACAGUUCCUGUUUCUGGUUCUCAUAUGGCUGCCUCUGCUUGCCAGCAUUCUUUGAGCAGUUUCUUACCGACUGGAAAACAGAGGGAUUCAACGAAAACGGUUCUACACCUAAAGCCAAAGGCUUUGCAUACGGUCUCAAAAGAGCGACCACACUCUUUAGUGGACCUUAAGGCCUAUAAAGACACAAAAAUUUUAGUGGCAAAGUUUUUGGAACAUUCAAAUUGUAAUCUCCCUCCAGAAGUACGUCAUGUAGUGAACAGCAUACGAUCAGUAAUAAAAUCUGAUGAGAGACACAUGGAAGAAGCCAUCUUCAGUGCCAAUAUUAUAGACCAGGUAAUAACAAGUUCCCAGCAGAAUGUGAAUACCUCUAGAAAGCAACUUCAAGAAGAUCUUCACCUUCAGAGCUGUGGUGCUCUGAGCUCUCCAGUUGCCUUCUUACGUAGGUCCCGUAGCACUCACAGUUCAGAGCGGGACAGGCCUCACAGUUUAAUUGGAGUUUGCCGGGAGACCAUCCUUUGAUAGUAUCCACAGAAUGCUUUUGUAUCGAUGUGAACUCACAGUGACAUCCAGUGGCAACAAGGUAUGCUAAUUGAAAGCAUCUACUCUGAAGAUAAUGAUAAACAAAUUCCUAAUUCAAGAGAUUAAUUCACUUUAAAAAAAAAUAAUUUGUGACCAUUGCAACUGCACUUAGAUGAAGAAUUAAAUUAUCCUCUGCUUGGAUUUUUAAUAAUUAUUUAAAAUUACACAACAAACAAAAUAAGCAAGCUUCCUUUAUUAUUUCAGAUUUAUUAGUGAUAGUAGCUUAAUUCUUUCCUAAGGUCAGUUGCAUGCAACACACUGCUCCUUGAAGUACAGUCAUCUAAAGCUCUUCAGUUACUGCAUGGUAAGGCUUCUUAAAUCACAGUGUAUUUUCUUCAAGGCCUUGGCCCCAAAAAAAUGUAGACAAAAAGUUACACCAAUUAACAUUUAUCUGGUAAGGAUUACAAAUUCACUACUAGUUUUUUUUAUCUACACACAUUUUAAUACUGCUGAUGGUGCUAGGUUAUUUGUGAAAACAAUAUACUUUCAGAACACAUUGCCUUAGGAAGAAGAAUGCUUUAUAAAAGACAGAUACAGGUAAGCAUGGCUUUCCCAUUUUGAGCUGGUAUAAACAAAAAGUUAAUAUGCAAAAAUAAAAAAAAUAAGAAAACUAACCCAGCCCAACACAUACAUUACACAACCUGUGCAAUAAGUUAUUCAUGAAAUACUUCUGUUAAAUCAUAAAAAUCACAAGCAUU